CAUAGCCGGAAAUGAUUAGAGGGGCGUCCGAGGAGCCGAGAGAGAGGUAGAGCAGUCAGCCCGACGAUGGCCCUUCAGAGAGCGCACUCGAUGUCGCACGAGAGCACAUCCUUCCGUACCAAGGAAGGAACGUACAAGAAAGGAUCUUUCCAGUACUGUCGAGAGACGAGAAAGGCUCACUCGGGCAAGGAACUGAGUCCGGUUACCGUCUCCUUCGUUUCGUGCAAGGACAAAGAAGGCACCAAGGAGUGGAUAACUUUCAACUCUGCGAAGGAGUUCUACUUUUACCCGUUCCACGGCAUGCGCAAGUUCCCUGACCUGACAAAGCCAGCAGACAAGCGGACCUACCGUGCCCCAACCGUUCCGGUCUGCCAUGAUUUCAACCUGAUGACUCGCUCCACUGAGAGGCUGGACCUCAUCAUUGGGUUCUCCACGGGACCUCUGCAGCACGUGAAUCCCAUCACUCGACGCUCUCUCUGUGCCUUCAAUGACGACUGCUCCAUAGACAAGACCAGGGUGACGUGUGUCAAGUGGGUGCCAGGCUCCGAGACUCUGUUUGUGUCCUCCCAUCGCAGCGGAAACCUCUACGUCUGGAGCACCGUGUUCGCGGGGAAAUCCACCACCGGCCCCGUUCAGUUCCUACCCCACGCCGAGCUCCAAGACGCCACUAUCUCCACCGUCAAGACCAGACACAAGUCCUCUCUCCACUACCGCUGGUCCAUCGGCCACGGGGCCAUCAACCGUUUUGCCUUCUCCCCCGACUUGGACCACAUAGCCGUGGCCAGCCAGGACGGCUUUAUGAGGAUCUACCACUUCCAGCGACAGGAGUUCCACAGCCGAAUGCGCAGCUAUUUCGGCGGGAUUACCUGUGUCUGUUGGAGCCCCGACAGCUGCUACGUGGUGACUGGUGGCGAGGACGACCUCAUCACUGUCUGGUCGUUCCACCAUCGGCGAGUCGUUGCACGUGGGAUGGGUCACCAGUCGUACAUCUCUGCUGUUGCAUUCGACCCCUACACAACGGUUCUCCCCGAUGCCAUAUCGAAUCAAGCAAUGUCACUGGGUGGAGACAGUGAAGGUACGGGAGUGAGUCAGCCCCCGUCAAUUAGAGGAAGUUUCAGACUCAGUGGUGCGAUUGACACGUCGAGUAUAGCGAGCAGUCCGUUUCUCGGGCGUCUCGCGUCCGAAGCUGGCAGGGGGAAAGAGGUGCUAGCGUACAGGUUGGGCUCCGUGGGGCAAGACUCACAUCUCUGCCUCUGGGAUCUGUCGGAGGACGCACUCAAAAUACGUCGGCCGUUUGCAAGGAGUCGGUCGCGAAUGAGUAAAAUGAUGUCCAGUCAACAGCAGCAACUGCACUCGGCAGAGUCACUGUCUUUCAAACAGAGAGAGAGUGGGCAGGACACAAGCACAAGUUAUGACGAGGAGAACGUUUCUUCAAGACCGCGAUCAAAUGCACUGGUUCAGGACACUGCGCAGAAAACGCCGACCGAUUCUUUGCCACAAGAGGGAGUAUCUACUGACCAACCUUCGACAGAUCACACACAAGCAACAACUGAAGAACCUUCUCAGAAAAAUGCACAAACCGCGACUAUGCAAAGCGAACAACCUCAAACAUCGGGCAGUGAAAACGAACAGAAACGAAAGUCUAGCUCACAGGGAAGAGAGUCGGAGGAGAAGGAUACCGGCAGCCCUGCCGGUUCUGGUACAAGUGAUCAGGACACUUCCACGGACGACAAGACGCGUCAGAGUAACUCAAAGAGCGGGAAAAAGAACAAGACCAAGGGAGGGAAGGAGGGGAAGAAAGUCCACAUCCGAGGGCAACAGAAGAGCCUGAGGGAUCCCAUGAAACGAGUCAUGAAAUUUGUCGGGAUUGGUGGGCAGAGCCAUCACAACGGACGGAGGGAAGUGAGCGCGUUUGAGACGUGCAACAGCGACGACAUAGCACCCAAGAUGGAAGAGGUGAACGUGAUUGAGCCGCUGGUUGCAGAACGGGUAGACAGAGAGAGACUGUCCGACCUGGUGUUCAGAGACGACUGCAUCGUUGUGGCGAGCUACGACGGUUACGUCAGUCUGUGGGUGAGACCGGGGGUAGAGGCUGAAGAGGGAGAAGGAGAAGGAGAAGGAGGAGGGGGCAAGGGAGGUGAGGCAGCCGUGCCGUCACAACAGCCUCCCGAUUCCUUGUCGUCAACUGAUCAACCGACAGAGACUCAUCCAGGGCUCAAUAGCCCAAGACCAGGAGGUGGACCAAAUUCACCGCUAAAACAAACAACUGUAUAGCAUUUAUUAUGUGUCAAUGAGUUGUGUGUUGAUCUUGUGGUUUUUUUUGGUGGUAUAUAAUACAGUGUGGA